UUUCACUGCGCAUGUCUCUCCCUCAACCCGGAAGUGAAGUGUGUGCGUGUCAAGAAGCAAGUCGUGCACAGAGGAGCACGUAACAGUUGUGAAGACUCCGUUCCCAGGGGAGAACUAUCCAGGUGAGCCGGUUUGUAAAGGUGCCGUCCUGCCUCCACAUGACCAUGACUCGCAUCUUCGUCUAUGGAACCCUGAAGAAAGGGCAACCGAACUACCACCGUCUGUUCGACAGCACCAACGGAAAGGCUGAGUUCCUUGCCUCGGCCCUCACCGCGGACAAAUACCCGCUGGUGAUCGCCGGCCAGCACAACAUCCCUUUCCUCCUCAACAUCCCCGGCCGGGGUCGCCGCGUCCACGGGGAGAUCUACAGAGUGGACGACAAGAUGCUGAGGUUCCUGGACGACUUUGAGGGCGUGCCCGCCAUGUACCAGCGGACCCCGGUCCGUGUGGAGGUGAAGGCGUUGGCGGGGCAGACGGAGGGCGAGGAGAGGUCGUCGCCAGGGAGCAUCACGGAGGCGUUUGUGUACAGCACAACCGCGUACCAGCCGGACUGGCCCUCGCUGCCCGGCUAUGAGAACUACGACGCAUUCGGAGAUCACGGGCUCGAGUACGUGACCAGAGAAGCGCAAGACUAAUGAAGCUCACUGGUGCAUUCACCAGUUUAAAAAUCGAAAUAGAAAGACGUUGUUUUACACUGUAAUUCCUACAACGUUCACUGUAUCUUUAAAAACAUGCCGUGAUUAGUCGAGCAGAAUGUAAAUAGCAGUAGAAUUAAUUUGGUCCCAGUAUGUGAUUCCUCUACUUGAAGUACUUAACAGUAAACAGGUUUGAACCCAUUGUGAAAUGCUGCACCUUUCCUCGAACUCCUGUUCUGUUUUUUCUCAUGUUCUCUCUGCAUUGAGAAUAUGUGGUAGAUAUUAAUAAAAACCAUUGCUAUACUACAUUUAAAAGUUUGUUUGAAAAACUCUGAGGCAAGUUUGUUGCUGUAAAACACAUGAAAUAAAGCUCUGGAGAAAACA